CAUCUUCCACUAUAAUUUUUUUCGGCGACCAAUAAAAAAGAUUGGAAGCCCAAGCAGCCAAAACCCACUUCUCCUGCGAUGAUGCCACAUAUCUCAGGUCACAUCAUCAACGUUUUGCUUCCGCCACUUCCAUUUCCAUCUCCGGCGAGCCUGUAUCGCCUAUAGAGAUCGAAGUUCUCUGGAUUAGGUUUAUUUCUCGGAGAAAUCAUUUAGAAUAACAUGAUGUGCUCUGUUCAGUACUUUGUAGCUUCACUUGCUCCUACACAUCAUCGUUCGAGCUGGAGGCGAAGGAUCGCCCAGAGUCAGCUCGCCAAUAGAUGGCGCGUGCUUGUUUCAGGCGAUGCCGAUUCGUUCUCUUCUUCUUCCGUUGACUCCGAUGCCACCGGUGACUCCACGGAUAAAAACCCUGCCGGCUUCUGUAUUAUAGAAGGUCCUGAAACAGUUCAAGACUUCGCCAAAAUGGAAUUACAAGAAAUUCAAGAUAGUAUCAGAAGCCGUCGAAAUAAAAUCUUCUUGCACAUGGAAGAGGUUCGUAGGUUAAGGAUACAACAGAGAAUAAAGAAUGCUGAGCUCGGCAUUCCGAAAGAGGAACAUGAAAAUGAAUUGCCUGAUUUCCCAUCUUUUAUUCCAUUUUUGCCUCCUUUGACGCCUGCAAAUAUGAGGAUGUACUACGUAACGUGCUUCUCUCUGAUUGGCGGUAUUAUUAUUUUCGGCGCUCUCAUUGCGCCAACUCUGGAGCUAAAACUUGGAUUAGGUGGCACAUCCUAUGCUGACUUUAUUCGCAGCAUGCAUUUGCCAAUGCAGUUGAGUCAGGUUGAUCCAAUAGUAGCAUCAUUCUCUGGUGGUGCAGUUGGAGUUAUCUCAGCCUUGAUGGUGGUAGAGGUCAAUAAUGUCAAGCAACAGGAGCAGAAGAGAUGCAAAUACUGUAUUGGAACUGGCUAUCUUGCUUGUGCUCGCUGUUCAGGCACUGGGGCUCUGGUCUUGGUAGAACCUGUUGCUACAUUUAAUGAUGGUGAUCAGCCUUUAUCACCACCUAGGACAACAAGAUGUUCAAACUGUUCUGGCUCUGGAAAAGUAAUGUGCCCUACAUGCCUCUGCACGGGGAUGGCAAUGGCAAGCGAGCACGAUCCCAGGAUUGAUCCAUUCGACUAGGUUGGCACCUUUUAAACUAAUCAUGCAACUAAAGUGAGCUCAUUUAGGCCAAGAAGUGUAUAGCUUCACAUGUGAGGUAGGUUUGCAAGAUAAUCUUGGCCUUGUGAUAACUGAUGUGUUUGCUAUGUUUUGAAUUUACACGGAUCAGCAAUCGUGUUCUUUACAAGAACGCUGGAUUGCGGUCUCUCAGGCUCUUCCAAUUUGUGUAUGAACACUGUCAUGUUGGUUUCUGAUGAUCAGUAAAUAUUAUCGAAAUAUCCAACAAUGCAUCUAAAAGAAUAGUUAGUUUGCAUUUCUUAUAUAGAAGAAUGUAGUUGAUAUCCUAUUAGAAAAUUCGUUUAUGAAUGUGAAUUUUGAUGUAAUUUUUAAAUAUUAACAUUUGAGGUAUUUGUAUUAAAUA